AUGGCUGUACCUCCUUCAUACAGUGAUCUGGGCAAAUCUGCCAGGGACAUCUUCAACAAAGGAUAUGGUUUUGGGCUGGUAAAGCUUGAAGUAAAGACAAAGUCAGCAAGUGGAGUUGAAUUUGCUACAUCAGGCUCAUCCAACACUGACACUAACAAAGUUAUUGGAAGUUUGGAAACAAAGUAUAAAUGGGCUGAAUAUGGUUUGACCUUCACAGAGAAGUGGAACACAGAUAACACACUUGGAACAGAAAUCACAAUAGAAGAUCAGAUUGCAAAAGGCUUGAAGCUGAACUUUGACACUACUUUCUCACCAAAUACUGGCAAGAAGAGUGGAAAAGUUAAAACUGCAUACAAACGGGAAUAUGUCAACCUGGGCUGGGAUGUUGACUUUGAUUUUGCUGGCUCUGCAAUUCAUGAUGCUGCUGUUGUUGGCUAUGAAGACAGUGAUGCCUGCGGUGAAAAUGGUCUCUAUCGGUCCUCUAUAGGCCUGGGUGAGAGGGCGGUGGUUCAGGCCGGCUUUCCUGUUCAGCCUAAUGAAAUAAAGCCUUUGCUGGGCUUUUUUCACUGUGGCUGUGGUGUUAAGAGUCCAGCUCAGGUCUGA